GUUGGGGAAAAAAAGCUGGGAGCGACAUUUGAGAAGCUACUGGAUGCCAUUUUCAGUGUAUGUGGUCAGUGGUGCAGUCAGCUGAAGUGGGUGGAAGCUGGAUGUCACGUACUGCUAUUAUAUUAAGAAUUGGUAAAGGAUAGCCGAAGAGUCCCCUGAAUCUGCUGAUCUGAAGAGGAAAUAAAGAUGUUGAAGAAGACAAAGGUGGCCGAUGAAACUGCCACUGGGCAGGCAGGCAUCAAGAAGAAAUCAAAAGUGCCUGGUGUUAUGAUUACACAGUUUAUGGAGGAACUUCCUGAAGGAAAAACAACUCCAGAUUUCACACGAAAACCCAUAGCCCUUACUAUCCAAGAGGGCAAAUUUGCAUACUUUAAAGCCAUUGUGGUGGGAGAUCCAACACCUACUGUAACAUGGAGCAGAGCAAAUGGAGAAAUCAUUUUUCACCCUGAUGUGUGUCAACAAAAAUAUGAUCCGGCAACAAAUGAACAUACCCUCGAGUUCCCUAAGGUAGCUCCAGAAGAUACUGACACCUACAAGUGUUAUGCAGCCAAUGAAUAUGGGAGAGCUGUUUGCACCGUUAUUCUGAAUGUUAUUGAGGUGGGAUUCUCUAAGACCAAGGAACUUCAAAAGAUUCAAGGAGAAGAUGCAACGGAGUUCAGAAAAAAACUCAAAACACGUAAUCCCGAUGGAACACGUGAGGAAAAGACAAUGGAUGCCAACGAAAAGGUCUGGGAAAUCCUGCUCAGUGCAGAAAAGAAAGAUUACGAGCAAAUCUGUGUAGAGUAUGGCAUCACAGAUUUCCGUGGCAUGUUGAAGAAACUUACUGAAAUGAAAAAAGAGCGUGAAGAGGAGAUUGCACAGUUCAUCUCACAUAUCAGGACGCUCAAACCUGUGGAGGUCAAAGAUGAUGACUGUGCAACAAUUGAGUUGGAUAUGGACCUCUUAGAUUCUGGCAGCAAAAUAUUUCUGUACAAGGAUGGUGUCAUGGUGCCAUUCUCAAAGGAAGACGGAGAAGGAAUGAAGCAUAAUUUAAAACAAGUUGGCAAAAAAUAUGUGUUCACAAUCAAAAAUCUAAGUAAGAAUGAUGCGGGGCUCUACUCUGUGGAUGUUGAGGGAGUCAAUGUAUUUUCCACAGAUUUUAAAGUGCCUGAAGUUGACUUUGCCGUCAAAAUUCAAGAGGUCAAGGCGGAAGAGCGAGAGGAUGCUCUUUUUCAGUGUGUACUCACUGCACCAAUGAAUGAGAUCAAUUGGUAUGGCAAGAGCGCUCUGCUGACAAAUAAUGAGAAGCAUGAGAUCAUUGUAUCUGAAGAUAAACUCAUCCAUAAGUUGAUUGUGCGAGACUGCCUGCCUCUGGAUGGUGGCAUUUAUGCUGCUGUGGCAGGAAUCAAGUCUUGCAAUGCCUGGCUUGUGAUUGAGGUGGAGAAAGAUCCAGCCAAAAAGGCCAAAAAGGCAGUAAGGAAAACCACCAUUGCUGGAGCCGGCAAUGAUGAAGAACUGCUGAGAAUAGCAAAGGAACAGCAAGAAAGAUAUCAGAAAGAAAUGGAAGAAAAAGCACAACUCGCCAAAAAAGCUCAAGAAGAGAAGGAAUUGGCGGCUGCAGCUGCCCGAGCAAAGCAAAAGGCAGAGGCUGAGCCUAAAGCUGCAGCAGAGGCUGAGGCCAAAGCUGCAGCAAAGGCAGCGGCUAAAGCCGCAGCAAAGGCAAAGAGAGCAGCCGCAGACAAAGAUGGAGCUGUUAGGAAAACUAAGAAAAAAGUAGCUGGUGCUGGGGAAGGAUCUGCCGCCAAUGGGGCCAGUGGGGCAACAGGGGGCGUUGUAGGUAUUGGUGCAGGUAGUGCUGCAGGUGGAGCUGCUGGUGCUGCAGGUGGAGAUGGUGCAGCAGGUAGUCUAGUUGGUGCUGCAGGAGUUAAUGGUGGUGCUGCAUGUGGAGGUGCCGGAGGUGCUGCAGGUGGGGGUGCAGGGGGUGCUGCAGGAGUUGCUGCAGGAGUUGCUGGUGGUGCUGCAGGUGGGGGUGCAGGGGGUGCUGCAGGAGUUGCUGGUGGUGCUGCAGGAGUUGCUGGUGGUGCUGCAGGAGUUGGAGGGAGAGAUGGGAGUGGAGCUGCAGGUGGGGCUGGAGGCAUUGAGGGUGGAGAUGUGGAAGAAGGUUCUGAGGUCGAAAGCGAUGAGGAUUCAUUUGAAGAUUCAGAUGAGGACAUUGAGGGAGAAGGAGUGGGAGCAAAAGGAAGGGAAGGAGUAAAGGAAGGAGAAGGAGAGAAGGGGGAUGUGGGAGGCGAAGGAGAGAAAGGAGAAGGAGGAGAAAAAGGAGCGGAGCAGAAAAAACGAGUAAGAGCUGGCCCACUGGUUCCCGAUACUGUUAUAGACCCAGGCGUUCACUUUCACGCUGGACUUUCUGAUUGCAAAGCCAUUAUUGGAGAAGCAGCAGAGUUGGAGUGUAAAGUAAGCAGUGAAGAGUGUGUAGGAAUCUGGUACAAAGAUGGAGCUGAGAUUCAGUCAUCUGAGAGUUUAACAAUUUCAAAGGAAGGAUGUUUCCACAGGCUUAAAAUCCACAAAGUCACAGAGGAAAAUGCUGGAAAAUAUAAAUUUGAAGCCGAUGGCCGAAAAACCGAGGCUGAAAUUGCUGUCGAAGAUCCCCCUCGAUUUGAUAAAGAGGAGCUAGAAGCACUUAAAGCUCCUGUGACUGUAAAGAAGGGACACAAAGCUACUUAUAAAUUGUCUUACAUUGGCCGGGAGCCAAUAAAGGUCCAAUGGUACCUUGAGGGUGAAGAACUUUCAAGUGAAGGCAAUAUAAAUAUUGACACUUCAGAUGGAACCAGUCGUUUGCUGCUGAUGAAGCUGCAGCGGAAAGACAGCGGUGAAAUCAAGAUAAAACUGAAAAAUGUGUUUGGGACAAUAGAGGCCGUAAGCCAGCUAAAUGUACUUGAUAAACCUACAUCUCCAAUGGGACCUCUGGAGAUUGUUGAAGCCUCCUCCUCUGUAAUUGAUUUCAAGUGGAGACCCCCAAAGGACAGUGGUGGAUGCAAGAUACAAAACUACAUCCUUGAACGACAACAAGUUGGACGGAACACCUGGAAAAAGGUCGGACCAAUUGGUCCUGAGGCCAAGUAUAGAGACUCCGACGUGGAUCAUGGUAGGAGAUACUGUUAUCGUAUCAGAGUGGAGACUGAAAUAGGAACCAGUGAAAUGAUGGAAACUGAGGAUAUUCAGGCUGGAACAAAAGCAUAUCCUGCACCUCCAUCAGCACCAAAGGUUGCCAGUGCCUUUAAGGACUGCAUCAACCUCACAUGGUCCCCUCCUGCUGACACUGGAGGAACCAGCAUUCUGGGAUACAACAUGGAAAAACGCAAGAAGGGCAGCAACCUCUGGGGCCAAGUUAAUCCCCCAAAUGAGAUUAUUAAAGGUAAAGGAUUUGCUGUAAAAGACGUGGUUGAGGGCAUGGAGUACGAGUUCCGUGUGUCUGCAAUCAAUGACUCUGGAGCUGGUGAAUUCAGCACUCCAUCUGAGUUUGUUUUUGCCAGAGACCCUAAAAAGCCUCCUGGUAAAGUGCUUGAUUUGAAAGUGACAGAUUCCACCUACACAAACUUGUCCCUGUCUUGGAACAAGCCCAAAGACAUUAAGGGAGAGGAGGAUGAAGCAAAGGGAUAUUUUGUGGAAAUCAGGCCUGCAGAAAACACAGAGUGGGAUCGAUGUAAUUCUAAUGCAAUAACCAUGACUACAUAUACGGUAAAGGGCAUGAAGUCAAUGGCCAUGUACUGGGUGAGAGUUAUUGCUACUAAUGAUGGAGGUGAGGGAGUGCCUCAGGAGCUGGACAAUUACAUUCUCGCUAUGCCCCCUCCUGUAAGACCACGAUUCACAGAUACCAAAAUCAAGAGUUUCAUGAUUGUGAGAGCAGGAAAUUCUGCAAGAUUCACCAUUAACUUUGAGGCUUCACCAUGGCCAGAUGUAACCUGGCUAAAGGAUGGCGUGCCAGUGUCUAAAAAGGUCACCAUCAGCAAUGCUGAGGGUACAUCCCAGCUUUUGAUUCCUUCAGCAGAACGUUCAGAUACCGGCAUCUAUACCAUCAUUGUCAAAAACAUUGUAGGACAGGAAACAUUUAGCAUUGAAAUUAGAGUCACAGAUGAGCCAAAGCCACCAGGUCCUGUGGAUCUCGAUGAAAACGUUCCUGGCACAGUAACCAUCUCAUGGUCCGCGUCUCCAGACGAGAAGCGGGAUGACAGGCUGCACUACAUGGUGACAAAGAGAGAUUCAGUUAAGAGAACUUGGAACACCAUUGCAGAUCGAAUCUUCAACAACAAAUUUACGGCCUGCAACAUCAUGCCGGGUCGAGAAUACCAGUUUAGAGUCUAUGCUAAGAAUGACAUGGGCUCCUCUAAACCAUCCGAAUCUGCAAAGUGGCUCAUUCCUGCCAAAAAAGAAAAAUUCACUGUGAAGAUGCCAGAGUCCAAAGCCUGUGACCUGCGAUGUCCUCCUAAAUUCCUUGUCCCACUGAAAAUGCACACUGCUCCACAAGGCUAUGAAUGCUACAUGAGCUGUGCCGUAAAAGGAGAUCCAACACCUCAUGUGACAUGGCUCCGCAACAACAUCAGUCUGAAUACCAACACCAACUACUUCAUCUCCAACACCUGUGGGGUCUGCUCUAUGCUAAUAUUAAGGGUGGGAACCAAGGAUACAGGAGAAUACAAAAUUGUUGCAGAAAAUGGUUUAGGAAGAGCAGAGAGUUCAACUAAACUCACAGUCAGAGAAUAAAGGGAUCUGCAGACGAUGCCACAUAAGCCAUGUAGUUGGAAAUUGACAUGUGUUUUACAAUCAAGCAAAUCCCAGACAUGUGUAAAAUGUGCAUUCAGUGUCACAGAUGAAGCCUUAUCUUGAAAAGUUUAUUGGCAAAAUUUAAAUGUGCAAUGUAAAAAAGAAAAAAAAAAACUAGGUUGCCACCAGAGGUCGCGCUACAAUUUUUUGUUCUCUUGUCAUUUUGACUGACAGCAUUAAAAAAAAUUUAAUUAAAUUAAAGAUUCGUUCAUGUACUAUUUUUACCUGUCAAAUUAUAAUUAUAUUAACAUAGGCUAUUUAACCGCAUUGUUAUGCGGUUUAGUUAAUAUUCACCUAGUUGAACCAUGAAUCCAGAUCCCAUCAGCAGAUGAAUGCAUCUAACUUUUUCUCCGUAGUGACAAAAACCACUGACUGUGGCCCCAAUAACUUAUAAUAAAUUAAAUUAAAAUUAUAUGUCAAUAUAUUAAAAUUCCACUUAAAUUACAAGCACUUAACCUGCUGGGGUCUGAACGCACAGCGCCUCACAAAUUUCUCUUGGUCGCAUCUGCAGAGAAAUCUGCGCUAAUUCAUUAGUCUGUCUGAUCCAAACCGAUCAAUUGAACUCUGCGAGCUUUUUGCCCUGUGCGUGGUUCGGUGUGCGCUUUUACGAGGAUUUUUUCUUGUGGUUUUGCUUCCCCGGAACUGCUGUGCUCAUCCUGAGCGCCGCUCUCUUUCUGGGCGCGGUAGUGUAACGUUGCAGCGGCGGAACCGCGUUCGCAUUGGUUGUGCAGCGGACUGCGCAUUUUACAGUCUAAUUAACUUUGGCACCUUUAUUUAUUUCCUCAAGAAAAACUGCCGGCUCCUCUGUUUAGACUAUAAUUGAAUUAACACAACAUCUCUUUAGUUUUCUCUGUUCUGUAUGUACUGGAGCCCGGAUUUAAAUGCGCUAUUUCAACCAAAGUUUGGUCUGAACCAGACGCUCCAAAGCGUCCGGCCCAUAACUCUUCAACAUGCUGUCAACUCCCCGUCAGAAAGACUCAUUUAGUUCAGUGUCCAUGAGAUGAUAUUCAGAAAGGAUUUUUUUGUUUGUUUGUUUUACUUACCUCUGCGAUUAACUCUUUGCGUAAAGUCUAUAAUGUCUGCGCAUGUGCACCAGUCAAGGGUGUUAAUUAUAACCUGUCAAAUGACAGACGAGCUUCAAAUUUUCCCGUCGUUUAAGAAAACGUCCGGUCAAAUACGGAAAAUAUUCCUUUAACGCGACUUCUGGUUGCCACAUAUUCUUUAUAGAUCUAGUAUUAUUUACUUAACCUGUUUUAUUUUGUUAAACUAGAAGGCUGAAUAUACAAAGUACAAAUUACAUAUUUAGUUUAUCUAUUUGCCACUUGAGUACCUGGAAGGCUUUAUUGAUUUGAUUGGCUGAAUUAAUAAUUUUAACAAGAAGGUGAUAUAAUUUUCUGCCAUUUCCCAUUAGGCUGUUCUGCAACAUAGAUGGUUGCCAACAUUUUAUUCUCCUGCAGACUUUGUUUUUGUUGCCUGUUUUCUGUUGCGAGUUUACCCGAGUAUUAUGUCAACUGUUAUGAAAUAUGGUGCAAAGGCAAAGCAACAGUAAAACAAAAAAUAGAUUGAUACGUAAAAAGUCAUUUGUUUUGCCGGGUUUUGCUUUUGCUAUAAUCUAGUCAUACGAGAUAGGUUCUGAACAAACAUAUCAGGCUCCUUGGGACUUUAUGGGGUUCCCACAUGCUGGCAAGAUUUGAGUCCCUUACUCCUAAACAUCAAUAUUUCACAGUGGGAACUCAGUAGGAGAAAAUGAGCCCUCUUGGGAGAAGUGAAAACAGGAGCCGUUUUAGAAUUUGAAAGUAUGCUGAACUUCAAUUAAACAUUACUCUUAGAUAACACUAGCUGUUUGUAGGUCGCUGUGAAAAUGUUCAUGUUUGUGCAUGCAAGUUUGCAUUUUUAAGCAAUUACUAUGCUAUUCAUUUACUAAUUUGUGUGAAAGGUUUUAAUAAAAAUUUAAUGUUGCAUUUUGAUGCAACUUUUUAAAACUGAACAAUGAGUUAGUCAAGUACUUUAGACAUAAAAAUAUAUAUUAUGCAGAAGUGUUUCUUAAAACUUCACUAAAAAGUACAUCCACGACGCAUGUAACAAAUCUUUAUAUAACGUGCCUCAAAAUUCAUCCCACGUGUCAUUAAAGUUUAUCUAAAUAA